AUGUCUGUUCCCCUCACCAAAGUUGACUCGGCCAUCGCUGGCUUGUCGAUAUCGCCCAAGGACGAAAAGGCACCGGAUAAGGCAGAGAAGAAAGCUCACAAGCGAAACUCAUCUCAUGCCGAAGGCAUCUGGAAUAUCAAGGAUCUAGAGGAACAAAAGAUCGAAUUGACCUUGCCAAUCGAAACACAAAAGACAGGGUGGAAGCUCAACACCUCCCCGAGCACUAUUGAAGACAAAGACAUUCUCAAGCUGUACCUGGUGAACCCGCCAGUCAAGAAGAUUGAUCUGGUAUGGCCAUUGGGUCUCUCAGUCACUGCCCGUAACCUCAAGGGUGUUACAAUCAAGGAUGCGCUGGACGCAAUCUACAAGCAAUUCAAGAAGAAGGAUGAUGAAGAUCUAGACAAGCCCUACCUCGCUGGCUUCGAGUGGGACAAGGAGGAGUGCUGGACACGCCUCAUCGUUCAUCAGACCAAGAACGGGCCCCCUGCGGCGCCGAGCAAGAAGUCCAAGAAGAAGAAGGCCGAGGAGGCAUAG